UAAAGAAAUUAUUUCCCAAGAUCUGACAGCUCGCUUAUUGGCAGGAUUGAGGGAUGCAAGUCGCAUACAUUUAGACCUUCUCCAUCAAAUGUCACUCCGGCGUACUCUCAUUUAUCCUUCUCUAAGCAAAUCAGUGAAGGUUAUAGUCGAGAAAUCUACUCCGCUUCAGUUUCUCUUUGGAAACGAGUUAGGAGAGCAAAUAAAAGCUGCAAAAUUAGUGGCUAAAGCUGGGAAGGACUUAAAGGCCCCGCCGGUAUCACAUACCUCUACUGUUUCGUCCAGACGGACUCUUCCAAAGUUUGCCAGGGGGGAAAAGGGGGGAGAGAGCGCUAACCUUAGCCGGCCUUAUAAUAGCGGGCCGUUAAACCGCAAUCGCCCGGCUCGCUCAACGGGCAGAGCUCAGCCACAGAAGGGCCAGCCCUCAAAAACACGCUACCAUUACCAACGUCGACAGUAGAGUCACCAACAUCCGCUGUCAAGCGCACUUACCCUGGUGGCCGCGCACUUAUCUGCGAGGCUUUUCGCAAGAAAGAACUCCCGGACUGUGCCAUCGACACCAUGGUAGAAUCCAUCUCCGACUCGACCAUGCGACAGUAUGAAACAACUUAUCGACAGUGGUGGAACUUCUGCAGCGAACGAUCUCUCUCUCCUUUUCAAGCACCGACUCCCUCCAUAAUAGAAUUUUUACAGCGGGCGUUCGAGGGAAACAAUCUCCAGUACGGUAGCAUGAAUUCCCAUCGCUCAGCAUUGGCGCUUAUUCAUUUGCAACCACUGUCAAACGAUGCGCGUCUUUCGCGCUUUAUGAAAGGAAUCGCUAGACUAAGACCUUCGAAACCACGUUAUAAUAGCACCUGGGACCCUAACGUUGUGCUUGAGUACAUUCAGAAACUCGGACCUAAUUCUACUUUAUCCCUGAAGGAUUUGUCAGCCAAGCUAGUUACUUUGUUAGCUCUGGCCACAGGCCAUCGCCUGCAGACAAUCCAGUUAAUCAAAUUAACAAACUUACAUACCUCUCCACAGGGCAUACAGAUUCCCAUCACUGACCCCAUUAAAACUUCGGGUACCAAUCGAUCUCAGCCUUGCCUGCAAAUACCAAGAUUUGCUGAAAAUCCCUUACUCUGUGUAGCUACUACUUUGAUUGACUACAUAGAGGCCACAAAACCCCUCCGGACUCCGAAUCAGGACUACCUGUUUAUUACUUUUAAAAAGCCUUAUAAAACCGCUACCAAACAAUCCAUCAGUCGCUGGAUUAAGAACACUUUGCUUACGGCUGGAUUGGAUACAAAUGUUUUCAAGCCGCAUUCGUUCCGUCAUGCUUCCACUUCUGCGGCAUAUAGGCAUGGGCUUUCUCUCUCAAACAUUCUUCAAACUGCGGGUUGGACUCGGGCCUCUACCUUCACAACGUUUUAUAAUCGGCCUAUCUUGGACCCGACUGCUUUUGCCAAAUUCGUGAUCCAAUCAAGUCAACUGGAUGAGGGCAUCUAACGCCGCGCUGUGGAUCACGGGGAUACCCUAUCAUAUGGCACCGAAUAGCUAGUACAAGAAAGCUAUCUUAUAUUUCCUUUCGGUUAUUGUUUCGUUUAAUAGUUUCGGUUGUGUACACAACCAGUUUACGCUGUUUAGUUAGGAUAUUCGGUUAUUAAAGGUUACUUUAUAAGACAACAGAGUUGCCUCAGCUUGCUUGGGCCGAAUUAUUCCUGAUCUCUAAACAACUACAUGGUGUAUAAUCUAAGUGAUAUUGAGGAUUGGACACUGAUAUAUAAUUAGUGAUCAAGCGAACUUACCUUAAGUGAAGUUCGAUCAUAAUUAUAUGAAGUGUCCAAUCCGAAGAUAUCACUCCCCUCCCUCCCUCUUUGUCUUUUCCCCUUGCCAAUAAUUCGGCCCUCUCCUUUUUAUCUCUGAAGAAUGAGCGUAGAGGGGCGUGGGUCGAGUAAGAUAGACGCGGGUAGCGGGAAAUUCAAAUAUUAUUCUUUAAACAUAGUGCGCAACAGUACUACAUGGGUGUACUACAUGGUGUAUAAUCUAAGUGAUAUCUUCGGAUUGGACACUUCAUAUAAUUAUGAUCGAACUUCACUUAAGGUAAGUUCGCUU